AUGCGUCUGCUUGUGCUUGCCCUGCCGCUCGCGGUGAGCGGGAUCUGGGUGGCGGCUGGCCCCGACCCCAGCGCCUCGCUCAAGAGUGCGGUCGAUGAGUGCUACCCGACAAGCGGUCCGAUCUCCGGCCCCCCUGACGCAACCGGCCCUUGUGCAACGCCGAUCGGUCAAUGGGACGUGAGCGCCGUCACUGACAUGAAUGGUCUGUUCUACAACAUCUCGUACUUCAAUGAGGACAUCUCCGACUGGGACACCGGCGCCGUGACCGACAUGGAGUCCAUGUUUUACGACGCCGAAUCCUUUAAUCAGCCUCUGCCAUGGGACACGUCGAGCGUCGAGACGUUCAAGCAGACAUUUGCUGCGACUUCGACCUCUGCAUUCAACGGGGACAUCUCGACGUGGGACACCUCGGCGGCCACUUCGAUGGAGUCCAUGUUUUAUGGCGCCAAGAGCUUCAACGGCGACAUCGGGGGGUGGAACACGUCAAGCGCCACCACCUUCUACGCCAUGUUCAUGCUCGCCGAGUCCUUCAACAAAGACAUAUCGACUUGGGACACCGAGUCGGUGGAGAAUAUGGGGCUGAUGUUCUACGCGGCCGGCGAGUUCAACCAGCCCAUCGGUGCGUGGGACACCGGCUCUGUCACCAGCACUCGCGCCAUGUUUGGCGGCCUAUACUCUCAGUACAACCAGGGCAGCGCCAACUUCAACGCGCCGCUCGACAGCUGGAAGACGGGGAACUUCCGGGAUACCGCCUUUAUGUUUGCCGGCGCGACGGCAUUCAACCAGGACAUCAGCACGUGGGACAUGUCGAACGUGCGCAGCACGUCCGCCAUGUUCUCUGGUGCCUUCGCCUUCAACAAAGACAUCAGCACGUGGGACGUGCACAACGUGGUCGAUAUGACAUCCAUGUUUUUCGCCUCGCCCUUCAACCAGGACAUCACCGGCUGGAACGUCUCUAGCGUCGAGUUCAUGAACGCCAUGUUCGCCUUCUCCAACUUCAACCGCACUGCGUAUCCGCUCGAGACGACCGGCGAGUGGAGCGAGCGGCUCAACCUGACGGCCGCCGUAAACACCUCCUGCCCGCCGCAGCCGCCCGACGACUUUUGGGUCAUCUCGGGCUUGGGCGCCAACCAACAGCUGUACUGCGGACACUCGUGCUGCCCACUGACCGGUGACAUCUUUUACAACCUCUCGGCGUGCGGGUGGCCCUUCGUCUGCCCCGGCGGGAGCUUCCAGGACCCGCACCUCAAAUUUGCGUACGGCGGCCGAGCCGACUUCCGCGGGCUCAACCGCCACUACUACAACUUCUUCUCGGCGCCCCGAAUCUCGGCAAAUAUUCGCACCGAGGAUGCCAAGUUCAAGCUUCAUAGCAAACUGCUCGUCGAUGGCUCCUUCAUGACUGAGUUCCACCUCACAGCGCUCGUCGGCGGCGCGAAGCGAAAGUGGGCCAACGUCUCCUUUUGGGCGUCAGAACUCAACAAUCAGAACUGGGGUUGGAAAGUUGUCAACGGCACAUGCGGCGGCCACUACUUCAAGCUGGGCAAGAAGACCACCAAGGUUUGCGAGGAGCUCACCAUUGCCGUCAAGCUCGCCGUGCCUCACACGACCCAGAGCGGCAUCUACCACCUCGGCUACUCAGGGGCAAUCUCGGCAAAAUCUCGGCGACGAGGCCGCCUUUGCUCGCAGGCCCAAGCGCGGACCGGCAUCGUCGGCCAGAGCUUCUCCUCCCAGAGCCCCCGCAUCGGUAAGACGGACAGCUACCCCAAGGAGGGCGUGUUCCGCACCACAGCAAUGGCGGAGGGCGCGAUCGAGGGCACCGCCGUGAUGUAUGAUAUGUCCACCGCGCAUGAGACGCGGUUUCCCUUCUCGCGUUUCGACGCCGCCGAAACCGAUCGCAAGUGCGCGGGCAGCCGCUUGGACCGCUCCCGGUGCCCCGAGGGCCUCAUCCCGACUGUCACCCGCAGGCAUCUCCUCCCGUCGCUCUCCUUGCCCGCCUCGGCGAAGGCCGAGGACACCGAUGCGGGCGUCGACGUCGAGGAGGAGAGCAUGCUGUGA